AUGGCCGUUACCUACCGCCACGGCAUCUCAAUCCUCGAACUGAUCGUCUACUUCCCCUCUCUCUUCCUCUCCAUCUUCCUCGUCAUUCGCCAUGGCCUCCGCACAAACAGCGGCUUCCUCUUCCUCACCACCUUCGCCCUAGCCCGAAUCAUAGGCGCAUGCUGCGACCUCGCAACAAUCAGCAAUUCCUCCUCCGUCAGCCUCUACAUUGCAGCCGCAAUCUGUAGCUCAAUUGGCCUGUCACCCUUGAUGCUCGCCUGCACUGGCCUCCUAUCCCGAGCUGAUCUCUCCAUUGAAAAGGUUACCGGUCGCACGGCCCUACCUCGUCCUGCCUUCCCCUUCUUCCGUAUCCUCACCACCGUCGCAAUGGUCCUGAGCAUUGUCGGUCUCACGGCCAACAUGUCUGCCGAGGGUCUGCAGCACCCCGACAUCAAAGUCAAGAUCGGCAUGAUCUUGUACGUCGUCAGCUGGGCAGUUAUGGUUGCCAUGCUGGCAGUCGUGGCUCUGCGAAAGGGCUCUAUUGAGCGUGGCGAGAAGCGCACCGUUUUGGCUGUUGCGCUAUCGAGCCCGUUUAUCCUCGUGCGUGUGCUGUACGCGUUCUUCGUCUGGUUCCUGAACAAUUCCAAGUUCAGCUUGCUUAAUGGCAACGUAACAGUCCAGUUGGUUAUGGCUGUACUUGAGGAGUUUGCUGUCGUUAUCAUCUGUCUUGGUGUUGGUAUGACUCUGCGUGUUCGAAGCAAGGAGACUCGAGAGAGUGAUGGAGAAGAUUUGACGUCUCAUUCUUCUCGCAAGCCCUAG